AUGAUGUUCACUCGUAAAGUUGCAAGGAAAAGUACCAGGCAACUGAGAAGAAAUUGCCGUCACUUGCAGUCAAGUAUUGUUUCCACAAGAUCCGUGUCGUCAACUCCUCAACAACAACAACAACAAGAUCAUGGGACAGAUAAUAAUACUACAAAGGUGGUGAAAGAAUUGCCAUGGCAGUAUCUACGAGCAUCCGAUCCUUCCAACUACGACAACGAAACAUAUCAAAGAACAGACGUUGUCUACAACAUGGAAAAUGGCAAACCCAGUUUGGAUCAACAGACGGAUCUUUCAAACAAACCUUCCUUGCAGCAGGUUGACAUUGACGACGACAAGACUGCUGCCCCAUCCUAUCAGCUACAAUGGAGCGAUGGAACACGAUCCGAUCAUCCCAUUGCUUCUUUACAAGAUGAAUAUAAUCGAUGGCAACAUAGAAGUCCAGAAACUCGGGUCUUGUGGUCGAGAUUGACGGAAGGCGACCUUCGAGGAACAGAUUCCCCAAUGACCAUAUCAUACAACGAACUAGUACAAUCAGAUCAAGGCAUGAAGUUUGGCCUCCAGACUCUUUAUCAGUACGGUAUCUUGCUGGUAACGGAGACGCCUCUUCCAGAUAGCAAUAAUGCUGAGGAUGAUGGAGCUGGCAUUGCGGCAUUGGGCGCUGCCUUGGGAGGCGGCAAGAAGAAAACCCUUGCUUCCAAUUCGGUGUUGGUCAAUUACAAAGGAGGCGAAACCGAUAUUAGUCUCCCCCAUGCUACCGAUGGUCCUCUUCGGACAUUGUAUGGGACCGUCUGGUCCACAGUCUCGGAAGGCCAAACGGAUGGGGCCAGCGUGGCCGAUUCGGCCUAUGGUCAAGAUGCCUUGCCCUUGCACACGGACAUGACCUAUCUUCGAGAUCCACCAGGUUUGCAAAUCUUUACUAUGGUACAGCCAGCCAAACAGGGUGGUGACUCCAUCUUUGGAGAUGGAUUUGCAAUGGCCCAGCAAUUGCGAGAAUCCAAUCCAAAAGCCUUCGAAGUAUUGAGCCAAACGGUGCGACGGUAUCGGUGCAAGGACGAUGCUGCGGGAUGGCAUUUGGAAGCAUGGGGGCCUGUCAUUCAAUUGUGUCCUAGGGGUCAUGAAAUUGUUGGUAUUCGGCAUAAUGAUCUGGAUCGUCUUCCCGACUUGCCACCAAAUGAUGAUAUGAGAGGGGAGGAAGAAGUGAAUGCCUUUUAUGAGGAAUUGUUUGAGGCUCACAAGGCGUGGGACGCUUUGUUGGCCAAGGAUGAAUCUCGACUAGUCAUCAAGUUACAACCUGGUGAAACCAUGGUAGUAGCCAAUCAGCGAUGUAUGCACGGCCGAUAUAGCUUUACAUCUGAUUCAGAUCAUCCUAGAUCGGUAAUGGGUUGCUAUAUUGGUCAAGAUGAAUUAUAUUCGCGCAUGAGAAUGGAGGGUUUGUACUUGCAUUGA